AACACGGGACGAAGAAUUCUAUCUGGGGAACAAACGAACUCUCCUGAACAAGCACGCCUUCGAGCUCAGGCACGUCCACACGCCGCUGUUAUCGACACCUGCAAGGUCGACCCGUUCCGAAUACAUCUGAAGCGUGCGUCGUGGUAUUUGAGGUUACAAUAUGCCGUAGCAGGUUCUGAAUCUGCGGUGACUUCUCGAAUAGUGAUCAGUGAUCACAAACGUCUUCUAGACAAGUAUUUGGAGGAAAUGAAACAGCUUCUUUUGGAAGUGGCCGGAAGACGGGCAUAUCCUCUUACUAAUAAUACCUCUACUACGGAAGCAAUUUCGGGACACCACAUAGACAGACGGUUUUGGAAUUACACGUCUUUAGAAUUAAUUGCAGGUUUUUCAAGUAUUCAAACACCAAUGGGAAAUUUGACAUUACGAAAUCCCAUUCUCACAAAUCAAAGAAAUGCACAAGAAAACGGAGUUCCAGGAGCCCAAUUGACGCGAAGUUGGAGCAUCAGCGUGGGUGGAGGACGCUUCGUGUGUCAACAAAGAGCAGCUCGAGAGGACAGGCAGAGAGCAGGUCGAGGUGGCCGCGAAGGCCAGUCAGCAGAGGCGACCGCGCGGUAA